GAGUGCAUUUUGCAAUUGAUAAGUUAUAUGAACACAUUUUCAAAAUAUUUCUGAAGUAACAAAGUACGUUAAAACGGUUAUGUAAGAGUAAAUAAACACUUUUUCAAGUAACUAAUGAAAAUAUCCCGUUCAACUUAAGGUUUAACUUGAAGAAUUGAUUUCUUUUUAAUUAGAAAUAAAUAUUUUUGGCAAAAUGAAUAAUGUAAAUAUGACUACAUCAAAUACAACGGAAGAAACUGUUAUAAUGGAGAAGAAAAGUGGAUAUGAUUUGCCGGUGUAUGGACUUGCUACUGGCUCUUUCUAUUACAUCCAUAUUCCCGCGCUCUGCUGCAUCUUUCUCAGCUUCUGCAGCGUUGUGACUGUCAUGAUUUUGUCAUUCAAAAGAAAGAGCUGGAAGACGUUUUUUACUACUUGGUCCAAAAGUGAGCGUUUUAUCGUAUAUCUGGCAUUCUGUGACGGCUGUUACAACGUGUUUCAUAGCGUGGACCAUUUGCACUACGUUAUCUCGAAGGAUCACGUACGGCCGAAGGAACUGUGCGAGUUUUACGGAUUUACCCUGGCAGAAAGCAUAAUGGGACAAAACCUGAUGGUUAAUAUUGUGGCCAUCAACGCAUUUAUGCUGAUGUAUUUUAAUAAGAAUCUAGAUUUUGGAAGACGUGACUGGAAGCUCUUGGCGUGGACGUUUGGGUUGCCGUUUGUUGGUGCCACCAUUGCUGGAAUCUUGGGACAGUUAGGACCAAAUGGUUCAUUUUGCUACUUUGACGGUGUCAAAGGCGUGACGGCAAACAUGUGUUUCACCACGGUUCCCCUACUCAUUAUUAUCGUCAUGAACAGCGUCAUGUAUGUUCUCACGUGGAAACGUAUAAAAGAGCAGACGAGAAACAUAAGAAGUUCAAUGAAGGAAAGCAGAGGCUCAACAAAAAGCAGGUCGACGCUAAGUAGCUCCCAGCGUGCAGCCAGGACAAUGUCAAUGUUUGUGGUCGCGUUCUUCAUUCAGUGGUGGUCUCUGGCGUUAUUUGGUGUAUGGGCGCUCGUGGACGAUGACGUUCCCCAGGUGAUUUUUCAUUUCGUCACGACUUUCACAAAUAUUGGUGGCUGCUUGAAUCUCGGGAUCUUCUUGAUCAUGAGAUACAGGCUCCAACAAUCAGAGACGACGAGCGAGACGCAGAGUGAGAGCAAAAAACUGGAGCUUAGAGACACCAAAACCAAAUCUACAGAUUCCGGGAAUGUUUCUACGUCCGAUCCAAAUAUACAGGAUGAGAACAUACUUUAACUUCUUGGCAUUUAUAAAGUGUACUGAAAGUUUGUAACAGCUUUUUCAGUCAGUGUCACGGAUAUUUAUCUUGGAAUUGAAGAAAUAGACGUUUUUACUAAUACGUAUAUUUUCUGUUUGAAUAAUACAUAACAUUUUGCAUGUGAUUUUAUCAGUUUUGCAAGGACUAGUUUUAAUACCAUUCUCUUAUUAAAGCUGCUCGCCCUCAGUUUGGUCGAAAAAAUUAAAUUUCUCAAAAGCAACAUUUUUGUAACAAGAAUAUAAACUGAAAAGGUAUAAUCAACAGAAUAAGCGAAAAUCUACGUAGCGUUAUGAGAAAAUGGCUGAUGAAAACAAGUUUACGGAUUCACAGCAUUAUAUGGCUAUAUUGAAAAAUAAUAAACCGUUUGAAACGCUUUACUUUUUCCAAAUAACCAUAUAGUGCGGUAAAUCCAUAAACCUUUGUGCGGGCGAGCAGCUUUAAUGUCUUAUCCAUGAGCAAUAGGAAAGGCAUGUACAUAUAUAACACAUCUAACUGCAUAUAACCAUUCAAUCUCGUUAGUAAUAAUCACGAUUAAUUUGAAAUACAAUGCAUUUGAUUCAUACAAAAUACAUUAUAUUUUUAAAAUGUAAACUGCAGGUACGGUACACUUUUCAGGCAUAGAGGCCACUAAGAUAUUUGAAAAGAUAGAUAGAUAGAUGAAUUUCGUGCAAUCCGCAUUUUCUGUUUCUAAUGUUAUUGAUAGUGAUGUAAUACAUAUUUACAGGAAAUCUUGAAUAUGUUUUGGUUAGUGAUUGUUUAAAACGUUAUGAAGUUUUUAAAUUAAUGUAAACAAGAUGAAAUUAUUUUCUUGCAUCAAACUUGACCCUCAAUUUUAUUUCUUUUUGAUUUUUUAAGUUCAUGUUUGAUACGCCUUUUUAAUGCUGAUAAAAUACACAGCAGCCAUCGAACGUUGGUUCGUUUUGUAAUGCUAACAACUUCAACCGCAAAUGUUCAUAUGAACAUGAUUUGAGUUGUUACAUAUGGACAGGAAUUCUGUUCACUACUUUUCACCAAAGUUUAUACAAAUUUUCGCACACCUUACUUUACCUUAAUUUAGACGUUAAUAUCUUAAGUAUUUUUCAAGGUCGCUGAUUGACUGGUGUGUCCUAAGAAAAAAAAAACAGUAUUAAAUUUAGAAUUUUUUUUUAAAUACAUUGUAUUUGCGAGGUAGUUAAAUGUAGUAAUAAAUGAAAAAUGUGCCUGUCACCAUAGAUAUAAUCGCUUGUUUACAAUGUUACGCUUCACCGAUCUUAUUCAUUUGUAGUUCAGUUAUUAAAAAGUUAUAAUGUAUGAAAUACCUAUAAGACAAGAGAUAAUGAUGAUGAUUUUCAUUAUUAAACCAACUGAGCCGUGCCAUGAGAAAACCAACAUAGUGGCUUUGCGACCAGCAUGAUUCCAGACCAGCCUGCACAUCCGCGCAGUCUGGUCAGGAUCCAUACUGUUCGCUUUCAAAGCCUAAUGGAAUUAGAGAAACUAUUAGCGAACAGCAUGGAUCCUGACCAGACUGCGCGGAUGCGCAGGCUGGUCUGGAUGCAUGAUGGUCGUAAACCCACUAUGUUGGUUUUCCCAUGGCAUGGCUCAUUAAUUCUGAACCAUAAAGCUAGAAAGUCGCCACAUGACCUAUAAUUGUGUCGUUGCGACGUUAAACCCAACAAAUAAAAAUGUUUCUCUGCAAAGA